AUGGUGCUAUGCGAGCAAGUGCUGAUCCCAGCCAUACCAACGGUUUUACGAGACCAUGAACAACUUGGUGCCGAAGUUAUUGGCAGGCUACGAUAUACCAGAGGUACGGUAAUCCUUUCAUUCAUGCCCAAAGUCUAUCUGGUGCUUCUAGCUGAGAACAGUCAUUUCCUGAACACUCUGGUAGAGCAGGCCAUGACUUGGGUAGACAACUAUACUCGACAACCAUUGCUGGUUCCCUUAUCAUGCUGGAUAGCUCCACCAAUUAUGAAAAAGUGCAGGACGUUUACCAUUAAGGGAAUUGUUGAGGACUGGAAACCCGGCCAAACAGUGCUUGCUCCGACCUUCAACCAUCAGCAUGUUCUCAUCUCUGGAAAUCAGUCAGCCGUUGGAGUGAUCUACAUGUACCACAUAGCCGCACAAUCUCUUAUGACCACAUUUAUUGGUAAAUUUUUUGUAUCGAAAAUGCAAAAUAGUUGCAAGCCGAGUUCUAGGACACACUGCAAAUGUGACAUCGUUGUGCAGCAGUACAAGCGGCUCAUUCUUUGUGAGCACUUCGGUGGACAAGACAGUUCGGAUAUGGAGCCUCAUGAAUGUGAGCAAAAUUAUUAUUGCUUUAUAAGAAUGUGUUGA